AUGAGUUUAAGUAUAAAAUAAGCGAAAGUUAAAUAUGAAGGAAAGCCUUUCUAUUAUUGGUCAGAUGGAACCGGUAGAGACACAUAUAUACUUUAAAAUAAUGGAGGAUUAUUAUGUCAAUAGUUAUUAGGAUAAUUGGAAAAAAAAGGUGAAAAAAAACCUGAUUAUAUUCAAAUGUAAUUUGGAAGCAAAAGAAGAUUCAAAAGUACACUCCCUACAGUAGAAAAUUAGGUUACUCAUUAUAGAUCAGACGGAAGUGGAAGGGAUCUUUAUAUAUCUUGUAAUGAAGGUGGGAGAGUUAAUGUAUUUAAGAAUGAGAACAAUGUAAAAGUUGUUGGAGAUUCAUUAGCUAAAGGACCUAACUUCGAUAAAAGCAAAGAAAUUAAACUCUUUAAAUUUACUAAAGGAUUUGAUGAAUUUAAUGGUGACUAUUAAGAAUUAAAAAAAUUACUUGAUAAUGGAUUGGCAAAAUUAGGACAAUAAUAAUGA